GCAAACAAACGCGCGCCCUCCCACUUCAACUCCACCUCCUCCACCCUCCUUCUCCAGGCCCUGUUCCGACAACAAACAAAACAGUAAAACAAACCGCAACGAAUCGGCGGCGGGGGUGCGCCGAAUGCCGGUGGUGCCCGCGCCGCCUCUCCCCUCUCCCCGCCGCGCCCCACCGAUUCGAAGCGGAAUAGAACAACUCCACCACUGCCACCGCGCGCCCACUUGACAAAUUUCCUAUCCGAUUCGAAUCGGCGCGGAGCUCGUGCUCGCCCCCGCGCCGCGCGCGCGCACUGGUCCAAACCCAACCCUAGCCCCCCACCAUCCCCACCACCAGAUCCGGAGAUCCCGCGCGGACCCGGAGGCGAAUCGGCGCCCACAAUGGCGGGCCUAGUCGCGCCGCCCUGAUCCCCCGAUCCGGCUCGCCGCUUGCUCCCCCCCCGCGCCGCCGAUGGACUCCGCCCGGAGCUGGCUGCAGAAGCUGCAGAAGGACAAGGCCAGGCCGGGCGCGUCGCCCCUCGGCGCCGGGAUGGCAGGGGACGACGAGGACGAGCCGGUGCUCUCCAGCGCCACCAAGCAGAAGGUGGAGGCCGCCAAGCAGUGCAUCGAGAACCACUACAAGGCGCAGAUGAGGUCGCUCCAGGAGCGCAAGGAGAGACGUUGGAUGCUGGAGAAGAAGCUUGCUGAUGCUGAUGUAUCUGAAGAGGAGCAAAACAAUAUCCUGAAGGAUUUAGAAAAAAAGGAGACAGAAUACAUGCGCCUAAGGAGGCACAAAAUGGGUGUUGAUGAUUUUGAAUUGCUGACCAUUAUUGGGAGAGGUGCUUUUGGGGAGGUGAGACUUUGUAGAGAAAAAGCUACGUCCAAUGUGUAUGCAAUGAAAAAGCUCAAGAAGUCUGAAAUGUUACGAAGAGGCCAGGUUGAGCAUGUGAGAGCUGAAAGGAACCUCCUUGCAGAAGUUGAUAGUGCUUAUAUAGUUAAGCUCUACUGCUCAUUCCAAGAUGAUGAGUUUCUGUACCUCGUUAUGGAGUACCUUCCUGGUGGUGACAUGAUGACUCUGCUCAUGCGCAAGGAUACACUUACAGAGGACGAGUCUUCGUUUUAUGUUGCAGAGACAAUACUGGCAAUUGAAUCCAUUCACAAGCAUAACUAUAUUCAUAGGGAUAUUAAGCCUGACAAUUUAUUGUUAGAUCGAACUGGCCAUCUGAAGCUUUCAGAUUUCGGCCUAUGCAAGCCUCUAGAUAGUAGCAGCUUUCCAAAUCUCACUGAACUUGACAACGCAGCGGGAAAUAUCACCAAUACAUCAGCAGAUGGUGAUAAGCCAUUAAGUAGCACUGCUGUUCCCAGGCGAACACAGCAGGAACAACUAUUGCAUUGGCAGAAGAAUCGCCGGAUGUUGGCUUAUUCAACUGUUGGUACACCUGAUUACAUUGCCCCGGAAGUCCUAUUGAAGAAAGGAUAUGGAAUGGAAUGUGACUGGUGGUCACUUGGGGCCAUUAUGUAUGAGAUGCUUGUGGGUUACCCACCAUUUUAUUCUGAAGACCCAAUGUCAACAUGUAGGAAGAUAGUAAAUUGGAGAAGCCAUCUUAAAUUUCCUGAAGAGGCCAGACUUUCGCCAGAAGCUAAAGAUCUAAUUAAUAAGCUAUUAUGUAAUGUGGAUCAGAGACUUGGGAUGAAAGGAGCACAUGAGAUAAAGGCUCAUCCAUGGUUUAGAAGCGUUGAAUGGGAAAAGCUAUAUCAGAUGGAAGCAGCUUUCAUACCUGAAGUUAUUGAUGAGUUGGACACACAAAACUUCGAGAAUUUUGAGGAGGCUGCGCCUACAAUGCAAACUUCAUCAAAGGCAGGUCCUUGGAGAAAGAUGCUUUCCUCCAAGGACAUGAAUUUUGUGGGUUAUACUUACAAGAACUUCGAAAUAGUUAACGAUCCUGAACUUCCAGGAAUAGCUGAAUUAAAGAAGAAGAACAACAAACCAAAACGACCAACCAUCAAAUCAUUAUUUGGUAAAAUUUUCAGAGUCCUUUCUCUCUUAAGUCCUCAUACAGAGAGCCAGGCUAUCUGCUGUAAAUUCAUGGACGGAUCCUGUGCAGGGGAUGAGGUUUUUUUGGCGCAGAAAUCUGCAUUUCCGCAUUCGCGUCGUGAGAUUUGCGACAACAUCCUCCACCUCCCAGUCUGCUUUGGUCUGGUUUCCGCGCGCGUGCGUGCGUGCAUGGACAGGCUGAGGAGCGUGGUGCUGCGCAGGUGCAAGAGCCUGUCGCGGGCGAGGAGCAGGCGGUCGUCGCCCAGCUCCUACAGCAACCUCCGCUCCAUGUCGGCUAGGGACGACGUCGCCGGAGAAGAUAGCCAGGCCGCGGCCGAGGGGCCGUCGGCGGUGGUGUUCGUGGGCAGCUCGCGGCGGCGGUACGUCAUCAGCGCCAGGCACCUCCGCCACCCGCUGAUCGCCGCGCUCAUCGACGGCGACGCCGGCGAUGGCGACGUGAGGAAUAGCAAGGAGCCGGUGGCCGUGAGGUGCGAGGUCGUGCUGUUCGACCACCUGCUGUGGAUGCUCGACAACGCCGUCGACCUGCGCGCCGGCGCCGGCGGCGAGGAAGACGCCGUCAGGGAGCUGGCCCAGCUCUACGCCACGUGCUAACCCAGUUGCAGGUGAUCGACUCGUCGGUUGAUAUAUAGUACGAUCAACGAUGCUGCAUGAACCAUGCGUGCUGGUAAUAGUCCUCUCCGGAUUUGAUUGAUUCUUUUUGUGUGUUCUUGCGCGAGAUCUAAGAUUCUCGGGCGCCAAUGGGAAGAUAUAUACUUUGGGUUCGUUCGUGUAGGCAGAGCAGCUUGAUAGCUAAUAAUGGUUUUGUAUUUGUUCUAGCUAAUGGUUUUGUAUUUUGUCAAAUGAUGGGAAAAAGGAAGGAGUAAUCAAAAAAGACUAGAACUACUUCUAGCCAAUCACCGUACAACUUGUAUUGUUGAGAUGCGUAUUUUUUGCAUUUAAUUUUGUGUCGUGGCGAUCUAAAGCGUAUGUAAAGAGGUCGUGCUGUCUAAAGUAAAUUAUGUAUACUUCCAUUCCAUUUCUUCUCUUAUGACCCUUGAUCAGUUUAUAUA